AUGGACGGCGGCAUAGAAGACAUCUUUGCGUCUUCUUUGAACUUGGAGGAGACCCAUUUCAAAGAGGGUUACGGCGAGGGACACGGAGACGGCCUAAUCGCCGGCAAGGAGGAGGGCCGGCAAGUGGGCCUCAAAACUGGGUUCGAGGUCGGCGAAGAAUUGGGCUUCUACAGAGGCUGCGUGGACGUUUGGAGCUCCGCGGUUCGGGUCGACCCGGACUUCGUCUCGGCCCGAAUCGAGCGGAUGAUUAAGAAGAUGGAUGAGCUGCUCAAGAAGUACCCCAUUUUGGAGCCGGAAAACGAGACAGUCUCGGAUAUGAUGGACUCCCUGAGGCUCAAAUUUAGGGCUAUUUGCGCCAGUCUGAAUGUGAAAAUUGGAGUACGACGGCUACCCGAAAGCUUCUGA